AUGAGUGUAAACUCGGAGUGUCAGCCUCUUGAAAAGUCCCUCAGUGAACAAAAAGAUGAGGGAGGGAAAGACAAUACAUCCAUCAUCAAUAUGAUGAAAGAGAUGCAAAAGAACAUUUUGUCACUUACAACUACGGUGAGCGAGUUACAAGAGAACAAGGGAACGAAGCGCAAGAUCCAAGAAUCGGAAGUAAACCCUUGUACAUCUAAGUCGCGCGUAGAAAUAAGUGACGUUUCUGAUGAAGAGAGAGACGAGUUCGAUGACAUUUUAAACGAGGCAAAUGAAGAAAUGGACACUGAUUGUGAUCAUUUGCUUGAUGAGCUGGAAUGUUUUGGCUCAGAGGAUAAGUGUGGCGAAGCAAUACACGAAAAACUCGCCAAAGUAACAAAUGAUGGCGUUCGAACGGUAGUGGACUCUGACAAAAUAAAGGAAGUGAGCGACAAAUAUAACCGAUCUAAAAAUGUGCAGAAUCUUGUCACUCCAAAAUUAAAUGAGGAAAUCCGAGCUCAUUUGAGCCGCAAAGUCCGAGGCCAAGACAUUCGGAUACAAAGAACCCAGACACUUGUCGGCAAAGCCAUUGUCCCGCAACUACAACAAAUUAAUUUGCUGCUAAAUGCAAAACAAAAAGGAGAUACAUCCUCCAUGAAAGAGCUCACUACCUUAGCAAUGGACAGUCUUAAACUUAUGACUUAUGUCUAUUGCGACCUGUCAAACAGGAGAAGAGAACUAAUCAUUCAACCCGAGAAAAACGAAGAAUUCCGGGCAUUGUGUUCUAACGAAUAUCCUGUCACCGACAAGUUAUUUGGUGACGACCUUGGCAAAAAAGUUGAGGACAUCUUAAAGGCCAACAAAGUGGGAUCCAAAAUAUCGGGAUUUAACAAGUUUGACAAGCGCGGAAAUCAUAACCGUAAACAGCAUGGGCACACGCAGAAAUCAUCCAAUUAUGGAAACUACAAGGCCAAUAAUUUUUUGGGCCAACGCUGGGGAUCAAACUACAAAAAGAGAACGGCUCCAGCCAACAAACAGAGGAAGCAAUAG